GGUCGAAAGCAGCUCGCCGCCAACCAAUAGGCCAAGCCCUCGGACCCGCCACCCUCGCGGCAUUUAUUUGCCGAAAGCUAAAGCACAAGCGGAAGAAUGUCGACGAUCACCAAGGAGCAGCACGACGAACUGUGCGUGGCGUACGCCUCCAUGAUCCUGUUUGAUGCGGAGCACGAGAUCACGUCCGAGUCGAUCCAGCAGGUCGUGACUGCCUCGGGCAACGAGGUGGAGCCGUACUGGCCCACGCUCUUCGCUUCGCUGCUGUCAAAGGAGGGCAAGGCUCUGGAGCUCAUCUCCACGGGCGGAGCUGCCGCUGGCGGUGCCGCUGCCGCCUCGGGUGCUGCUGCUGGCGCCGCUGGCGCUGAGGAGGAGAAGGUUGAGGAGAAGGCCAAGGAAGAGGAAGAGGAGGCUGACCUGGGUGGCGGCAUGGACAUGUUCGGUGGCGACGAGGACUACUAAGCUAUGGUGUGCUAUAGUGAGAUCUGCAAGUAGACCCUGCCAGCCGAUUGUGACCGUCUGAUCCCGCUUUAAUUCCGUAAUGGACUCGCGCGUCUAUUCUUCCGGUGAAAAUCAAAGGCUUCAAGCCAGCGUCUUCAAUUUUAGUCCUGGUAC